AUGAGAGACCCAUCAACGAGCACAGUCCUGUACAAAAUCCUCACUCCUCAGGAGAAGGCCGACAUGUCUGGCACCAAUUGGGCUGGAACCGCUCUUGACGCAAAAGACGGCUUCAUCCACCUGUCCUCCGCUGACCAGCUCGCAGGAACGCUUGAACGAUUCUUCAGCCCAGCAAGCGGCUGCGGUGACACCCUGUACAUCUACACUUUCAAGAGGUCCGACGUUGACAGACAGCGAAAUACGCCUAUCAAGCUGCAGUUCGAUCCUGCGAUCGGCACUGUUUUCGGUCAUAUUUACGGUAACAUCGACCCAGAAGUCGACUUUUCAGGCCCUAUCGAGGUCAAACGUUCUGCCUCUACGGGGUUGUUCGAGCUUCCUCCCCUCGAAUACUAG